GUGCCGGGGCGGGCGGCGGCCGGGCGGCGGCCGGGAGGGGCAGCGGCUGAGGCGCGGGACCGGGCAGGCCGCAGCGGCGGGACCGGGACCGGGACCGGAGGGGGCUCGGGGACGGAGGGAGGCAGAAACGGGCCGAGGGGGACGAAGCGCCGGCAGCGCCUCCUGAGGAAGCCGGGCUGUGGUGGGCGUUAAAUGAAAAUGGAGGACUAUGAAGUAUUCUGUAAGAAGCAUCUUACCAGAAUCCAGGGAGAGGCGAUAAAGACAGAAACCUCUUUCAUUGUUCAGCACAAAAAUAUCUCCUUCAUUCAGUUCCAUGGAGUUCCUGUGCUUUCACCCCUGCUGAACUUUGAAAAGAAAAAGGAAAUAGAGCAGUAUAAACAGAAAGCACUGGAUCUAGAGACCUGGAGACAGAACUCCAAGAAAAGAGCUUUACUGAAUCGUGUUCAGGAGAUUCUAGAAAAUGUUCAGAUCAGGAAGGGAUCUAUUGCAAGUGACGUGAACACGUGGGAGGGUGCGAAUAUGUGCCCUGCUUCAGACUCAAAAGCUUUGACUGACCUCACAGCUCCAUCUGAUGACAAUUUACCAUGUUCUCCUAAACAGCAUGGUCCCACAGAGCUUGAAAAGACUCCAGAACUCGUGUCAUCAGAUACAGUGGAGCAAGUGACAUCAAAUGUGACAGAAGUAGUUCAAGCAGCAGAAGAGAAUGUUUUUUCAAAGCAAAGCGAGAGUUGCUUCUCCAAAAACAUACCUUGUCCAAGGGCUGCAUCUCCUGACAGCACGCAGAGUAAGCUUGUGUCACAUGCUUUGCAAAAGCAGGAGGUAGCAGCAGUGCCAUCAUCUGACAAGGAAGUCCAAGAUCCGUAUGCAAUGAGCCUUCAGAACCUGCUGAAAAAAUCCAGGGAGUAUGUAGAGAAAGAGCAAACAAGGCGUAGCUCCAAAAGUAAUUCAAAGAGGAGUAUGAGUGAAAGUCAUUCAGACAAAGAAAAUGAUGCGGUUAAAACACCUGAUUCUGUGAAAGAGCGAGCAAAGCUUACAGGCAGAAAUUCCACUGCUGUGCCGCUUGAUAAGCCCAGUCUUAAUAAAUCAAAUACCCUUCUCCAAGGUACCUCUGCUCAUACCAGUAACACAAGUAUGUCAACUUUAUCCAGUUUUUCUAAAGUGGACAUUCCUAUGAGAGUUGGAACACCCCCACUGGUGGAUUCAGAUUCAGAUGAAGAAUUAAAAAAUACUUCUGCGGUUGAUCGUGACAGUAGCAUUGUCAGGAGCCUCAUGGGAUCAUAUACCAAAUUGCCAAGCCCAGAGCCAAGUAUGAGUCCUAAAAUGCACCGAAGGCGCCCAAGGCCUCUAUCGAUGGGACACAUAGUUAUCAAUAAUCCUGUGAAUGCUUAUGAAUUGAGCCCUAAAGGCAAGGGGAGAGCGAUGGAUUUAAUCAUGCAAGAUAUUGCUGAUAAAAAUAAUGUGUCUGAAUCAGUGCCAAAGUUUAUGGUGGACUUCUCUAUGCUUUGCUCUAGCAGAGUUCCUGGUGUCAUCAGGAAUUCUGCAGCUCCCUGUGAUGGGCUGGUGGUUGGCAAACUAAAUCGACAUUCCUUUGGGCCCUUGGAAAGCAAGGGGCCAUUGUCUGCUACAGCGGAAGGACAGGUGGCCAUGGACAGCAGGGGACCAUAUAAAGCAGAGACUGCUGCUACUACUGCAGCUCCAAAACUGAAUGAGCCAUUUGCCAUCAGUCAGUCUACAGUAACACAGAAGCUCCUAGCGGUGCAUGAAACCAAGCCAUCUAGUUUGCUCGAAAAUACUAAAUGUAAUUCUCCAGUAGAACUCAAUAAAUCUUACGAUGUAGAAAACCCAUCCCCGCUGCUAACACAAGGCAAGAAUAUGCGUCAGCAGAUGGAUACUCCAAGUGUUCCCCCAGCAAAUGAGCAGUUUCUAGAAAAUACCUUCGAAAAGGUAAAACGUAGGCUUGAUUUGGACAAUGACAGUUGCCAAAAAGAAAACAGUUCCUGUGGUGUAACAGUUGGAAUGGAAGAACAAGAGAAGCAGUGGUUGCAAGAACAGAAAUAUUCUGUGGGAUCAGUUUACAUUACCAAGAACGCUGCCCCUGAUUCAAGUAUAGUAAAAGAAGAGAUUUUAAAAACUAAAAUGUUGGCCUUUGAAGAAAUGAGGAAGAGGCUUGAAGAACAGCAUGCACAACAACUGUCGAUUCUGAUAGCUGAACAAGAGAGAGAACAGGAGAAACUGCAGAAGGAACUGGAAGAACAGGAGAGAAAGCUGAAGGGAAAGAAGGUUGCUACAACAGAAAUAGAAAUUUCCAAAGUGAACAUUAACAGUAGGAUGGAGUUGGAGUGGAGAAAAAGCGAAAGUGGCUUACUGGAAAGUGUGCAGUCUCAGCUGGAGACAGUCCAUAACACAAACUCAACCAGCAUUGGUUUUGCUCAUACUACAACACCUAACACCUUCACUUCAACAAGUGAAACUUCAUUCUACCUCUGGGGACCAUCGGGUAGUGGAGUUAUAAAAACCUCAGUAUCUAGGCCAAGUAACAGGAUCAAAACUAGGUGGACUCAGGUUUUCAGUCCAGAGAUACAAAUGAAGUUCAGUAAAAUAACUGCUGUGGCAAAGGGAUUUCUUACUCGUAGACUCCUGCAGACAGAAAAACUGAAACAUCUUAAACAAACUGUAAAAGAUACUAUGGAGUUCAUAAGGAAUUUUCAGUCUGAAGCCCCAUUAAAAAGAGGAAGUGUUUCAGCACAAGAUGCAUCCCUUCAUGAAAGAGUAAUGGCUCAGCUGCGAGCUGCUCUGUAUGACAUCCAUGACAUAUUUUUUACAAUGGAGGCAUCUGAAAGAAUGAAUAUUCUGCGUCAUGAUCGUGAAGUUCGUAAAGAGAAAAUGCUCAGGCAAAUGGAUAAAGUAAAGAGUCCAAGAGAGAGAGCAACGCUUUCAACAGCUACGCAGAAAUCUCUGGAUAGGAAAAAGUACAUGAAGGCUUCAGAGAUGGGAAUGCCAAGUAAAAAAAUAAUCAUAAAACAAAAAAGUCCUGAAAGCCGAGUACUUCAACCAAAUCAAGGACAGAAUGCCCCAGUUCAUAGAUUGCUUUGCAGACAAGGAACCCCUAAGACCUCAAUGAAGGGGGUUGAGCAAAAUAGAAAGAAGGCCUCAGAGAGCAGAGUGUCUAACAAGGCUGUUCCAGGAGCAUAUGCAGGAAGAACCCAAAGAAAGAAGCCAAAUGUUGUGACAAUUUAAGACGACAGCACUCGCUGGGAUAAACAGGCUAUUUUUUAAUGAUGACAUUCUCAGCACUGAUUCAAGUAUUUUAUGCCCUAAAUGUUUAUGUAUAUUCAGAAAUGAUAAACCUGCUUUGUUUUUUUCCAGAUGAUGACAUAUUCAUACAAUCAUAUUUAAGUAAUAAAGGGCUGCAAAGAUCUAAUACCGUGGAAAAUUGCAUGUUAAACUUAUUAGAUCUUCAUACUACUGUGUACACAUAAGAUUCAUAAUGUUAAAGAAGACCAUAGAGCAACAUUAAGUUAAUUCAUGACUUAACACUCUGUAAUUCUUGUAUCUCUCAUACAAUUUUUGUAUGACUUAAAAUUGCAAGUUCUGUGUAUGGUUGGCACCAUAAAUAUGCAUAUAUAUUUUUAGUUUCAUACCAUAAAGUUAAAUCAGUUAAAUAAGAAAAAAAAAAUCUUAAAACUGAGCACUUUGGUCAGUGAAUUUGUCAGCAGCCUUUCUGAAUGGAUUUGUGUAAAUGCAAUUACCUAACUUCAUGUCUACUGAGUUUCACAGGUGUGGAUCCAGAUUAACUAUUGGACAGACAGAUGUACUUGCAAUGACUGUACCGAAACUGCCCCUUUAUACACAUGGUAGAUCAAACCAUUGUGCUGGAAGUCCUAUGAUUUUUUUUUUUUCCUUCCUGUCUGUGGCACUUUGUUACAGAAAUAAUUUUAGACGAGAUUAAGUGAAGUAUAUGUUCAACAAAAACUUGAGAUGGCAAGAUUUUAAUUGUUUUAUUGUUUCAGACUUGCAGACGAUUGUGUAUAAUAAUGAUUCAUAUGCCUUAUGUUUUCUUUUUGACGACUGCAAUUUUUCUGAGCAGUUUCUCUUGUACCAUGAUCUAACAGCCCUUGUGCUGAAAUCAUGUUUCCUGGUUUCAGGGGGGUAAAAACCUCUACCAAAACCCAAGAAAAACAGUCUCUCAUUUAAGAAAAUCUAAUACUGACAUAUCAUGUUCAUAUUUUGUCUUGGUUGUCAUAUUGAUGGAUAUUAUUCUUCAACAUGAGGAGAGUGGAAGUCUCUAAGUUCUUUCUCUUAAUGAACUGGUAAUGGGAUGUUAACAUUAGAAACCAGAGGAAAAACUUGGCUACUUAAGUGUUUGCAGUGCUUACUUCUUUGCUCUUUUACUGUAGAACUAGGGAACUGAUUACUUAAAUGUGAAAUGGGUUAUAUUUUGUUUUCUUCCUAGUAUCAGUGCAGUGCAACCUUGGAGGCUUUGUAACAUGCGGACACUGAUAAAGGAGAAAAAAGACUGAUAAAUUUUGUUGGGUUAAACAAUAACUUUAAAAAGGAGGAUUAAUAGUAAGAUGAAGAGAGUUCUCUUCAGCAAGGGCAACAAACAAGUUGGCUUGCUUGUGGCACUAGUUGUGACCUCUAUCAGUAAGUGUGUCCUCUGCAGCUAGUUACAUUGUUUAAAAACAAAUGUUUUGUACCAGGUGAUACCAGAUUGCUUAUGUAGAAAAAGCAAAAUACUUCCUAAAUACUUUGAAGAUGUCACUGCACAGUGGCUCUGUGCUGUAACUUUUAUUUGAAAGCUUCAAGGGGUGCCUUCCCUAAUGGUGCAAAUAUAACAGUUUAUACCAGUGGAGAACCUGCCUCCUUCAUAUAAAUUCUCUGGCUCUUUAAAAUUUCAGAUGUAAUCCAAAAAAUGCCUGAGACAAGCUUCUGGCUUACUGAGUAGUCAUCAAAAUGCUGAUUUGAUUUCUUUUGUUUGGAAGCUCCAGAAAUAGGAGUGGAAAACAUCUCAAAGGGGAAAAAAAAAAAAAAAAAAGACAAGUGUAACCUGUGCCACAGGUGGCAAAGCUUGCUGUUGAUAUAUCAGAGCUAAGGACUGAUGCUUUUAAAGGAUGUUUUAUAUACUGUAUUUAUUAUUAGCAUAGUCAAUAUGUUGACAUAAAGAUAAGUUUAGUGUGUGAGUAAAAAUGAAUGCAUACCUUCAGGUCAGGUUUCACACCUGAGCCUCUUUUACUUUAAGCAUGUUUCCAAUGUGUGUAAUAAGACCUUGUAGCACAACUUCGUUUGUUUUUAAUGAACUUUCAUGCGGCCUUUCUCUUGACAAGUGCCAGAAUUUGUUUGUUGUAUUUGAUCUGUGUUUUUUAUUUAUACAUACUUAAUUUAUCUGACUUUUUAUUUUGUGUGCAACUGUAAUAUCAUUACAGAAGUGUAUUUAUUUUUGUACUUUCAUUUUCACCGGUCUUGCUUUUUACUUAAACAUGUUGCACAAUAAACCUGCAAUCUUUCAAAA